AUGGGAGAAUUGCAUUGUUUGAUUCAAGAUCACCUUCAACUUCUUAUUCAGGUUUACUCUCUUUGUGCACUUGAUCAUUCACGCCACAACGUUGCAAACCAAGUCCAAGGACUUAUAUCUCAGAUGAUCCAAGAAUGCCCAAGUCAUCGUCUUUUCACUGGUUCAGUUCAUCAUGUUGUGGAUCAAGCUGGGAGAUAUCUAGUUGAUGUUUCUAGUGCUGUUCAAGAAUAUCGACGUUGUCAACUGGAAUCUAGUUAUGAUGCUUUGUCUCAAAGGGUGCCAUUGUUUCCACUUCCUCAUCAAGAAGUUGGCGGUGAGAUCGUAAACAAUCCUCGUUCUGCCUCUAGCACAAUUAAGUCACCAUCAGAUCAGCAGCAAUCUAAGAAGACGUUAGCUGCUACACUCGUUGAAUCAGCAAAGAAGCAAUCUGUUGCCUUGGUCCAUAAGGAUAUCGCCAAGUUAGCUAAAAGAUUUCUGCCCUUUUUCAAAGUAUCACUAUUUCCUCACAAACCACCUGCUGCAGCUGUUAUCAAUCGGUUCCUUUUCACUGACUCUGAGGAUGAAUUACUGGCUCUUGGAAUAAUGGAAUAUAACACAGACUGGAAGGCAAUAAAGCAGCGCUUUCUUCCUUGUAAAGGCGAGCAUCAGAUUUACGUUAGGCAAAAAAACCGGAGAUCGUCUAAAGCCCCAGAAAAUUCAAUUAAGGCAGUUUUGAGGAUGAAAAGCUCUCCCCUGACUUUACAAGAGGUAGUACGUAUACAAGAGGGACUGAAGUACUUCAAAUACGAUUGGAUGUCUGUGUGGAGAUUCAUUGUGCCUUAUCGAGACCCAUCCUCACUACCAAGGCAAUUGCGCACUGCCCUUGGAAUUCAGAAGUCAUAUAAGCUAGAUGCUGUCAAAAAGGAGAAGCGGCGAGUAUAUGAUACAGAAAAGAGAAAGCAGUUGGCCGCUGCAAAAGAGGACCGUUAUGGUGCUUCUAAGGCCAAUGAAUUAGUCGAUAAUUCAGGUGAAGCAUACCUACAUGAAGGAUUUUUAGCAGACUGGAGGCAAGGCGUGCCAACUCUCUUUUAUUCUACGUCUAUGCCCUCCUUUGAAAAGGCUAAGGAUGUUCCCCGUGAUCAUCAUGAGUUAGUACGAGCAUGUAUUGGUGAAGGAUCUAAAAAACCUGAACUUUGUAGUGCCCAAAUUCUAACAUGUACACGGAGGCUUGCACCUUCUUUCAUACCUCUAUACCACCACACAUCUGAUACAGCACCUGGUUCCUCAAUAGCACCGAUAACUGCGCAGCCAUAUCAUACUCGUGACGACAGAAGUGUAGUGAGACUAGCCCCUGAUUUGCCUCCACUUAACCUUCCAUCUUCGGUCCGUGUUAUCUCGCAGUCAGCUUUUGCGAAGAAUCAGCCUCAUACAGCCUCCAAGACUUGUAUCAUUAAGGGUGGCUUUUCUAAUGUUUCUGGGAGGGGAAAAUUGGGUACUGGGAUUCCUUGCUUUCCAUCUGACAGAGAUAACAACGGUCCCCCUAGCGAGAAAGUGGUAGAUUUGCAGGAAAAUGUGCCUGCAGAAAGCUCCUCUGGGAUGGGCGAAACGAACAAUGACUCAGAUCUUCAAAUGCAUCCUUUAUUGUUCCGGACCCCUGAGCAUGGACAGAUUACAUGUUACCCUUCGAACAGAGACCCAGGAGGUUCUAGUUCCUUUAGUUUCUUUUCAGACAACCGACCUCAGCUGCUGAGUCUUUUCAAUAGUCCAAGGCAAAUCAAUCCCUCAGCUGAUCAGUCCCAGAAAACAUCAUCAUUGAAUAAACAUGAGGUAGCACUGGGUGACAGCUGUUUUCAUCCUCUUCUUCAAAGAAACGAUUGUGAUACAGACGUUGGCAAGAAAGGCAAAUUAUGUCAACUUCAGGUUACUUCUGGUGCUGUUGAGAAGACUUCUAUCCCCGGUGCUGAUCGUAAUGUUGUCAGCUUAAAACCUUCGAGUUCUAGCAACCAUGCUAAAAAAGUGAACUUAGAUAUCUAUCUAAGUUUGAACUCUUCUAAGGUAAAAGAUUGUGGUAGUGUCUCAGCAGCAGAUAUUUCAGAAGCUCCAGACAUCUGCAUGAUUCAACGUAGUGAUGGUUGUGAGGUGCCUGGAUCGACCGCACCAAGCGAUGAUAUUAGUAGAUGCAUUGACGAGAUGGCUGAUCAGUCUAAUCAUGGUAUAGUGAUGGAACAAGAGGAAUUAAGCGAUUCUGACGAAGAGAUGAUGGAAGAAGAAAAUGUUGAGUUUGAGUGUGAAGAGAUGGCUGAUUCUGAAGGAGAUGAGGGCUCAGAAUGCGAAGAAAUCAUUGAAGUGCAAGAUAAGGAUAUCAAAAGAUCUGCGGUAGAAAUAGCUUCAAUGGAUGUCGAUUCUGGCAAAGAACUAGGCAGGGAUUCUCCAAACAGUCCUUGGUUGAGUCUGGAUCCCAGUAGCCGUCGCUUAAGUAGUAUGGUUAAGGACACAGAGAAGACAGAGCCAGCAAAUAAAAAAACUGUGUCACAAGAUGGUCCUAGUAGAUCACGCAGAAACAGGACACCAAUGAAGAGCAGAGAUGCAGUAUCAAAGGAAGACGCAGGUGUUGCUCGGUUGAGACUGGGUCCUCUCACCCUCCCCUCAAUGAAAAAACCCAGGAAGUGUGCCGGGCAGGCGGAAACAAGUCCAAGUAUUAAGACAACCUGA